GGCUCGCGCACCUCCCCAAGAUGGCGGCGCCCGAGGCCUGGCGCGCCCGGAGUUGCUGGUUCUGUGAGGUAGCGGCAGCAACGACCAUGGAGGCCACGUCCCGGGAGGCGGCGCCAGCGAAGAGCUCGGCCUCGGGCCCCAGCGCUCCCCCCGCCCUGUUCGAGCUGUGCGGGCGGGCAGUGAGCGCCCAUAUGGGGGUUCUGGAGAGCGGGGUGUGGGCUCUCCCAGGCCCAAUACUUCAAAGCAUCUUACCUCUGCUCAAUAUAUAUUAUUUGGAGAGGAUUGAGGAAACUGCCCUCAAAAAAGGUCUCUCCACUCAGGCCAUCUGGCGCCGACUCUGGGAUGAGCUGAUGAAAACAAGGCCUUCCAGUUUGGAGAGUGUGACUUGUUGGCGAGCCAAGUUUAUGGAGGCCUUUUUUUCCCAUGUUCUACGUGGAACCAUUGAUGUGUCUUCUGAUAAGCGUCUUUGUGAUCAACGCUUCUCACCUCUCCUGCACAGCUCCCGUCAUGUUCGACAGCUCACCAUCUGCAAUAUGCUGCAAGGAGCAACUGAGCUAGUGGCUGAGCCAAACCGCAGGGUCCUAGAGACCCUGGCAAGUUCUCUGCAUACCCUCAAGUUCCGCCAUCUGCUGUUCUCUGAUGUGGCUGCUCAGCAGUCACUGCGACAGCUGUUGCAUCAGCUCAUUCACCAUGGAGCUGUUAGCCAAGUGUCGCUGUACUCCUGGCCUGUGCCUGAGUCAGCCCUUUUCAUUCUUAUCCUCACUAUGAGUGCUGGUUUUUGGCAGCCAGGCUCUGGUAGCUUGCCUUGCCGCCUUUGUGGUGAAGCCUCCCGAGGUCGGGCCCCAUCCAGAGAUGAAGGGUCCUUAUUGCUAGGCUCACGCCGGCCUCGGCGGGAUGCAGCAGAGCGAUGUGCUGCAGCACUAAUGGCCACCCGGAGGAAGAGUGAAGUCAAGCAGAUGCCCAGGGCUGUACCAACCACCCGUGUAACACGCCGCAGCACACAAGAAAGCCUGGCAGUAAGUGGGACAGACUCUAAGAGGGAGCUGUACCCUCCAGCCACCUCUUAUGAGGCUUCUGGCACCAAGCAGCCAUCCUCUGCUCCAGCUGCCACCACCUCUGCCUCCUCUUCCACAUCAUCCAAACGGGCUCCAGCUAGCUCAGCCUCACAGCCUAAGCCCUUAAAGCGUUUCAAGCGAGCAGCAGGGAAGAAGGGUGCCCGCACCCGUCAGGGGUCUGGUGCAGAGUCUGAAGACCUGUAUGACUUUGUUUUUAUUGUGGCUGGUGAGAAAGAGGAUGGUGAAGAAAUGGAGAUUGGGGAAGUAGCUUGUGGAGCUCUGGAUGGAUCAGAUCCCAGCUGUUUGGGGCUCCCAGCACUGGAGGCAUCCCAGCGAUUCCGCAGCAUUUCCACCUUGGAGCUGUUCACAGUUCCCCUCUCCACAGAGGCAGCUGUGACACUGUGCCACCUGCUGAGCUCCUGGGUAUCAUUGGAGAGCCUUACACUUUCAUACAAUGGCCUGGGCUCUAAUAUCUUCCGCCUACUGGACAGCCUGCGGGCCCUGUCAGGCCAGGCUGGAUGCCGCCUUCGUGCCCUGCAUCUCAGUGACCUGUUCUCACCACUGCCCAUCCUGGAGUUGACUCGUGCCAUUGUUCGAGCCCUCCCCCUGCUGCGGGUCCUGUCUAUUCGUGUUGACCACCCAAGCCAGAGGGAUAACCCUGCUGUACCAGAGAAUGCUGGGCCCCCUAGCCACAUAAUUGGGGAUGAGGAAAUACCAGAAAACUGCCUAGAGCAACUGGAAAUGGGAUUUCCACGAGGAGCUCAGCCAGCCCCACUGCUCUGCUCUGUUUUGAAGGCCUCAGGUUCUCUACAGCAGCUGUCGCUGGACAGUGCCACUUUUGCCUCUCCCCAGGAUUUUGGGCUUGUGUUGCAAACACUCAAAGAAUAUAACCAAUCUCUGAAAAGGCUGAGCUUCCACGACAUGAAUCUUGCAGAUUGCCAGAGUGAGGUGCUCUUUUUGCUACAGAAUCUGACCCUUCAAGAGAUUACCUUUUCCUUCUGCCGUCUGUUUGAGAAGCGCCCAGCCCAAUUUCUUCCUGAGAUGGUUGCUGCCAUGAAGGGCAACUCUACACUGAAGGGCCUUCGACUACCAGGGAACCGUCUGGGGAACGCUGGCCUGUUGGCCCUGGCAGAUGUUUUCUCAGAGGAUUCUUCCUCUUCCCUCUGUCAGCUGGAUAUCAGCUCCAACUGCAUCAAGCCAGAUGGGCUUCUGGAAUUUGCCAAGCGACUGGAGCGCUGGGGCCGUGGAGCCUUUGGUCACCUACGCCUCUUCCAGAACUGGCUGGACCAGGAUGCAGUCACAGCAAGGGAAGCAAUCCGGCGGCUCCGGGCUACCUGCCAUGUGAGAACAAAACUGAGCAGAGCUUCAUGAGGCAGAGAACCCACUUUCCCUGUAUCCUUCUCCUCUAACCACCGCAUCCAGACCAGCUGGUUAUCAGUGGAGACCCCGCUGCUCCUCAUGAGAACGAUGAUGGAAGACGAAGGUGAUGGCUGUAGAUGAAGCAUCCCAGGCAGCCUGGAGUACCUCAUCUUGGAGUCCCCGUUUAUCUGUGCUGUGGUUCCACUGAGCCAAAUCUGAAGUGCAGUCAGAACCGUCAGGGGGUGGCCAGACCUGGCGUCUGUUUACACAACGGCGGCAAUGCAGCCUGAGGUCAGAGGACAGAGUUAGGGUCACUACAGAUCUUAUUUCUGUGCUGCUCAGGUAGCUCAGGAUAAUAACAGGCACUCUACCUACCUGUCAUGUGUGUCACUGAGGCUGCCUUCGUCCAGGGUAAACAGCUCUUUGAGCUCACCAAGAGAGAAGUGUCUCUCCACAUCCUGCUCCUCAUCAACCACACAGCUGCUCAGUGCCUUCUUAUGGCUCUGCCGCUGAAAGAUCUUCUCCUCUAUGGUUCCAGUCUAGAAACGGGAUGAGAUAUAAGGCUUAUUUAGUCUAUCCCUGUAGAUAUUGAGGGAGUAGAAAAACCCAGGGGUUAAAGCCAUCUUGAAAAAGGGUAAUCAGUGUAAAGUAUAAGCCCUGAGCUAAUAUCUGUCUUGGCUGAGAUUCAUUUUUGUAGUUCUUCUAGAGUCAAGAAAUUCUGCUGCUUUGCCCAUCCAGGCUAUUUUCUGCACUAGUGGAGGGUGUCAGGGAUGGGGCUAAAUCCAUUUAGGGUAAAAACAGGUUAUCUGUAGCAAAGUUCCCUCCACACCAGGCCCAACUCUCAUUUAUUCAAUAUCAUCUGACUCAUUUUUCAGGUUAUAUACUAGCAAUAGGAUGCAAGGAGGAAUGAAAUAUUAUUCCUAUCCUUUAAAUCACUGAACACUUCAAAAGACAGACAUACAAACAAAUUUGUUUACUGACA